AUGUCUGAACCCGAGGAGCAACACAAUGACUUGCUGUAGGUUUAUAUAAAAAUAGUUUGCUUUUUGUAUAACUAAAGUAAUAAUAUUGCUACACAAUAAGUUACUUCAUAGCUAAAUACAAUUAAAGGACCACUAGAGGCACCCAGACCACUUCAGCUCAAUGAAAUGGUCUGGGUGCCAGGUCCCUCUAGUUUUAACCCUGCAGCUGAAAACAUAGCAGUUUCAGAGAACCUGCUAUGUUUCACUGAGGGUUAAACCAGCCUCUAGUGGCUGUCUCACUGACAACCGCUAGAGGCCCUUCCGCGAUUGUCACUGUGAAAGUCAUAGUGAGAAGAUGCUUGAAGUCCAUAGGAAAGCAUUGGGUAAUGCUUUCCUAUGGGCGGUUUGAACGCGCACGCGGCUCUUGCCGCGCAUACGCAUUUGGACCUGACAUCGGCAGGGGGUGGAGAGUUCCCCAGCACCGAGGGAGCCUGGCGCUGGAGAAAGGUAAGUGGCUGAAGGGGUUUUAACCACUUCAGCCCAGCGGGAGGGGGGCCCUGAGAGUGGGGGGGACCUAAUGACGAGUUUGUUUUCCUUGCACUAUAGUGGUCCUUUAAUUUGAAUGACAGUGUCAUCGUCUUGAGCAGGUCAGGUAAGAGACUUAUGCCAGGGUUAACGUUUGGUUGUUUAUCGGAGACUUUAGACAUACACACAAUUGGUAUACUUAGCAAGGCAAAGAGGGAGGUAAGUAAAGAAUGGAGAACAGAAAAGAGAGUUAGGCAAAUGGUAGCAGGAAAAUCUAUAAGCGGAAUUAUAGAUGAGAUUGAAAGAGAACCUAUAAACAGAAUUAUAGGUAAGUAGGUAGUAGGUGAAGUAAUAGAAAUAUAGGUUUAGGCAAUAUGCCCCAGGCAGGUUGUUAUCAAGAAAUAAUUAGAUAGUAGCAAAUACCUGUAGCAGAAAGUAUAGGAUAUAUAAAAAAACAAGCAAAUCAGUACAGAACGGAAAGGUUUCAAAUUUGCAAGUAAAAUAGAAAUUUAAUGAAUCAGCCCCCUUUUGGAAGGAGCACUGAUAAAGCAGGUAAAUUACGCUUUGCAGUAUUGGUUAGUAUCGUAGUUCAGGUUGGUAUCAAAGCAGGUUGGUUGCGUAGAUCAGGUUGGUAUGAAGCAGGUUGGUAUCAUAAAGCAGGUUGAUGGAGUAGUUCAGGUUGGUAUGAAGCAGGUUGGUAACAAAGGUUGGUUUGUAGAGUAGUUCAGGGGAAUAUAAAGAAGCUGGGUAGCAAAGAAGGUUUGUUGUGUAGAUCAGCUUGGAAUAAAGUAGCUUGGUAGUGUAAAUAAGGAUGGCAUUCAACAGGAUGGUAAUAAAGUACGUAAGUUCACAGGAGCCAGGAAUAGAAGUCUUUUCAGGUUAACCAUCAACUUCGUAUUGAGCAGGGUGUAGCCUUUUGUAGGAUAAGUAAUUAGCCGAGGAUGGUGAGGUAGAGGGAUGGAACGUUCAGACCUACUGGUUAGGGAGGCCACUAGUGGCAAAACAUAGUUACUGCUGGUACAAACUUGAAUGAAAGUUCUGAAUAAAGUUCUGAAUUAAGGGUUUGGAUCCUGACAGACAGCCAGUAACAAAAUGAGUGUGUGACUGUGUGAAUGCCUCCAAAUCUACAGUUUAAAAUUACUGGGGGAUACUUUAAAAAGUUGGUUUUCAAUUCAAUGUCCAGUGUCCACUACUUUUAUUAUAAACCUAGACAUUAUAACCUAGCCACUUGCUGGUCGCUAUCAGAGAUAUGUUUAUUAUGGUGCAACGGAUCACCUGGCACCCCGACUGGGCACUUCCAUUGAAAGACGCUUCCUAGCUGACGCUGAGGACCAUAAGCACCGCACUGGACACCACAACCACCGCAGUCUCCACAACCACCGUAGCUUAACUGGAGUCUCGCCGUCUUCGUAUUUUUGCAGGGCCCAUAGUCUUUGGGCAAAAGGCUGGCCAUUAGUCCUCUCCAAAAACCAGUGGCGAAGGUUAGUUCGUCACAUACGGUAAUGCUAAUUUACUAACUAAAAAAACUACUCUCCAUUCAGUUCCACUUUGGUGGAAUUUGAUUGGCAUAGCUACAAUGUAUUAUAAUUAAUCAUUCAGGUUUUACCCUACAGGUGACUGAUCUUAACACCCCUGAGGUGAUAUCCAAUAGUCUCUAUUGGAUAUCCCAUAUUUCUCUAAAACAACUGUAGAUUUUGAUAAACGCUUUCAACAACGCUAAAAGAUAUGGAGGUGAAAGAUCAACCUUAAUAUUUAAAUAACAUGGAAAUUUCAUACUGAUUUGAAGGAUAUUCAAAUUAACAGACAAAACAAAUUAAACUUCACAAAUACAAGAUGUUGCAUAAAUUUAAAUAAUAUGUUUUAAGAAAACAUCAUUCCAUUUUUAACGUGAUAAAAAUGUCAAACUUCAUUUAGAUGGUUUCAUAUUGUGCCUGAAACUUAGCAUUGGGUUAAAAUUAAUCUGUUCCUGUUUUUUUCCCCUUAGUAUAUUGGAGGAACUCAAAGCCCUGUACUCUGAGACUGACACUUAUGAAGUGCAAGAACUCUUGGGCAGUGGCACCUUUGGGCAGGUUGUAAAGUGUGUUAAAAAAGGAACCAGCGAGAAUGUGGCCAUCAAAAUGUUAAAGAACCACCAGUAUGUCGCUGAAGAUGCACAAGAAGAGAUAAAAAUCCUGACCCAGCUGAACAAGGAACGCCCAGAUGAAUUCAAUGUCAUUAAAGCCCAUGAGUUCUUCCUGUACAACAAUAUCAUCUGCCUUGUGUUUGAGAUGCUACAUAUGAGUCUCUUUGACUACAUGGAAUCCAUUGGUGGCUCGUUUCCUGUGAGAAUGAUCCGCCCUAUCGUGGCACAGGUGGGCAUUGCACUGGCAAAGCUCAAGAGUCUUGGAAUAAUCCAUUCAGACUUGAAGCCAGACAACAUCAUGCUGGUGGACAAUAUCACACACCCAUUAAAGGUCAAGGUGAUAGACUUUGGCUGUGCAUUACAUGUGUCCGAGGCUCGGUGUUCGAGUUAUAUACAAGCAAGAUGUUAUAGGUAAGCUUAAAUGAGAUUGUUAGUGCAUUGAUAUUCUCUACUUUUAUGAAAUUAAUAUAAAGAAUAAUGUUAAAGGGACACUACAGUCACUACAACUACUACAGCUUAUUAUAGUUGUUCUGGUGUCUAUAGCCUGUUCCAGCAGGGGUUUUGCUGUAAACACUACCUUUUCAGGAAUACAAGAUUGUGCUCCUGACCCUAUAGUGUUCGUUUAAUCAGAUCACAUAAUUUUUUUUUCAGUUUUUAUGAAAUAUUUAGUGACAUUAGUGAUUUAUCUGUUUUUAUGAAAUGUUUAGUGGCAUUAUUAAACCAGUUUAUGGCUUCUGGAGGAGUUUAUCAGCCAACUAUGUCUACACACAGUGCUCUUACAGUGGGCAUGUUUUAUACCCAGUUUCCCCAAGUGACAUGUCCUAACCUUAUGUCUCCCCUUUUUGUAAAUUGCAGGUCUCCAGAAAUUAUAUUGGCAUAUCCAUUCGGUGAGGCUAUUGACAUGUGGUCUUUGGGAUGCAUCAUGGCAGAGCUGUUCACAGGAUAUGUUUUAUAUCCCGGAGCAUCUGAGUAUGAUCAGGUGAGUGAAAAUCCAAUACAUAUUUAUGUCUAAUUGUAUGUUAACGUCUCAAUCAGAAUCCAGACUGAAUUCACAUAGAAAGGCAUUGUGUAGCUGUUUUAUUUGAUUGUAUAGACAGGAGUCAAAUUGCAAUGUAAAAUAAAAUGGUCAUUUUCAUUUUAAAUUAAAUAGAUGUUUUCACUAAACAAGGAAUUGUAGUGACUUAAAGAUAUACAAUUGUUAAAAUUAAAAAAAUCUAUAUAGGUGAGCUGUGUCUUUAACCCCUUAAGGACCAAACUUCUGGAAUAAAAGGGAAUCAUGACAUAUCACACGUCAUGUGUCCUUAAGGGGUUAAAGGACCACUAUAGUGCCAGGAAAACAUACUUGUUUUCCUGGCACUAUAGUGCUCUGAGGGUGCCCCCACCCUCAGGGUCCCACUCCCGCCGGGCUGGAUGGCAAGGAAAGGGGUUAAACUUACCUUUUUUCCAGCGCCGGGCGGGGAGCUCUCCUCCUCCUCUCCGCCUCCAAUCCUCCUCUUCGGCUGAAUGCGCAUGCGCUUUAGGAGCUGCGCGCGCAUUCAGCCAGUCUCAUAGGAAAGCAUUCAUAAUGUUUUCCUAUGGACGCUGGCGUCUUCUCACUGUGAUUUUCACAGUGAGAAGCACGCAAGCGCCUCUAGCGGCAGUCAAUGAGACAGCCACUAGAGGCUUUAGAGGCUGGUUUAACCUUUUUAUAAACAUAGCAGUUUCUCUGAAACUGCUAUAUUUAUAAAAAAAAAGAAAAGGGUUAAUCCUAGAGGGACCUGGCACCCAGACCACUUCAUUAAGCUGAAGUGGUCUGGGUGCCUAGAGUGGUCCUUUAAGACAAAAUUAUUUUAAAGUGCAACAAGUGAUUUAAUGUGCAAAAGUGUGAUUUGCAUUAUAGUGCAUGAAAUUUCUUAACACAUAUAUUGGGCACAUAUGUACAAAACUGUGAUAAAAAUACACAAAACACUCACAUAAAAAUGCAUAUGCUGGUCAUCUCCAUGUAUCAUAAAAAAGGAGGAAAACAAAUACAAAUGGUGUAAAUCUAUAUAACCAAAAGCCAAAUAUAAUAGAUAAAAUACACACUCACAAAUGUAGAGCAGAAGAGCCUGCUCUGACUAUGACAGCUCCAAAUAUUCCAUCCUGGGGUAAAAAAUGGCUAAAACAGUCGAUCCACAUCACAGAUUGAUUGCACAGAAUACCAUUUAGCAGCUUUAUCCAGAAUUCCCCCUUCAUACAAUGUAGCAGUUCAAGUUCCAAGAGUAAAAAGCUGGCUUCUUUCACUAAGUUAACCGAGUGUGCCGCAAUCAAAAGACUUCCCGGGAGCGGAGUUGCAAGUCUGCAGGCGUGCAAUGUGUACUAAUGUACGUUCGUGCGUGGUCGAGCGUGAUGACAUCCAUAUGCAAAUAAUUUUAAAAAACUCUUUUAAAUAUACCACCUGAACUGCAGCAUUGUAUAAAGGGGGGAUUCUGGAUAAAGCUGCUACAUGGCAUUCUGCUAAAAAAACACAGAGUGUCCCACAAAGGGACUGUGGUGUGUACAAGCAAACCUAGACAGGGGGUAACCCUAAAUUUUAAUCAUAGAGAGAAAGUGUAUGUCCAAGGGACAGAGUCAUAGUGGGCACACAGAAAUGGUUCCUUUUUGGAUAAACUUCAUAAAACAUAUAAUGAAGUAAAUUGUAUUACUAAACUGCAAGGGAGACAUAUAACACAAUUAAAAAGAGCUAUAAAGAGAUAUAAACUCUAUAGUGGACCACCCAGGAGGAAAAAGUAAUAACAAGGAAAAGGUAAGGGACAGGAUACAUUAUCAAUUGAGUACUGAAAUCAGUGUACAUAAAUUAAAUCAAAGCUCCUAUUCCCAACUAAUAUGGUGGAUAUUUUCCUAUAGAUAAAACCUGCCCUGGUUGAAGGCGCUCAAGUAGCGCCGAAACGCGCGUUGGUUUCACUAUUUAGCACAGCACGAUUUUUCAGCAUGUAGCACUAUUAUGAUUUUUAAGCACUUAUUUAGUGGGGGAAUAAGAAUUAUAAAAGUAACCUCUUGAGCAUGAUCUAUGGGAAGCAAUAGCAAGUAAGACCUUCAUCUACUUAGCAGUAUCUUUCAAGCAACUAGCAUCGUAGACACAGACAGUGUAUGCAGGAGUCUCAGAGUUUUGUCUUAAAGACAUAGCGCACCUAUAUAGAUUUCUUGUAUUUAUUGUGUGUUCUUAUGAGCUGUUACACUAUUUAGGGCGCUUUUUUCACUAAUAUUUUGUCACGUGCUAUAAAUUUAAUUAGAGGACAAUUAUUAUUAGCGCCUUUAUAUCCACUUGUUCCUUUUUCGUAUUUUAAUUGCUAAAGUUAGGCAAAAGUCCAAACUUGACAUCUAAUGGUAAGUAUUACUUUUUUAUUUUCCACAUAUUAAGUUCAUUGCCCCCUCCCCCUAACUAUUAUUAGGUUGAGGUGGUUAGGUAAAGUAUUUUGUUAUUGGGGCUUGGGUCCCGUAAUCACAGGGAUAGUGGAAUUAUUACUUAGUAAUUAUUUACUAUUAGACCAAAUUUGCAGUCAAUGGGUGGGGGCUGGGAUGGAUCAAUAGCUCCACCCUCCAUUUUUAUUGCGUAAUCUAAAUUAAUGUCUGAAAUUCGACCGAAAAGAAAUUAACAAACGGACUAAAUGCAAUUUGGACUAGACAAAAUGUUUUGAAAAUUUAGGCAGCACUCAAGUCUACUUAAUAUCACUGUUUUUGUUUGUAUAGUUCAGACAGAAGAGAAGCUGGAGAUUAUGGAUAAGUUACAGUUUUAAUGUGGAUACAUUAAAUUUUAUGUUCGCUUUCUUUCUCCCUGCAGAUCCGCUACAUCUCUGAGACCCAGGGUUUGCCCGAUGAAUACAUGCUCAACAGGGCAAAAAAGACCCAUCUGUUCUUUAAAAGACACAGACAUUACCAGCAUUCACCAUGGAAAUUGAAGGUGAGACCUUAUAUAUCAACCAUAUGUAUAUAAAAUUAAAUACAGGACAAAAGGUUCUGCAAGUCCUACAAUAUUAUGACAGUCCAAGCACAUGAUUUACCAUGGAGUGGGUAAAGCGACAUUCCAAGAUUCCUAGUUCGUUUAUCUUAUUAAAGUGAAGUUUUACACACUAAUAUUCAGUAAUUUGGAAGUGUAGAUGUGAUAAAUCAUAGAUAACUGUUCCUCUGUAAAGAGUUUUAACUAGUAACCCCCUUUAUCCGUCAGCUUUGCAGCCAAUUAAAAAAUAAAUUUUCACAACUAAAUGGUAAUAAUAAAAAAAAGACCAAACUAUUCAGACUCAGGACAGCUAAUGGAUAAGUUAAUUGCAAGAAAUGUUUAUUGGUUCCAUCCUUACAUUAUCAGGAAACUCAUUGGGACACUGGAAAAUGCUACAGUGAAUGAGUUUCUCCUUCUAGAAACUAAUGGAGAAUCUUUUUGUUUUCCUCUAGUCUAAAGACCGCUACGAACGUGAGACUGGUAUUAAGCCAAUAGAAAGAAGGCAAAAUAUCUUCAGUUGUCUUGAUGACUUGGCAAAGGUACUGUAUUUCCAGGGCUCUCUCAUUCACCUAAAAUAGAAGUUUAUAUGGCAGCCUGCCCUAACCCAUGUUAUAUUCUCUAAGAUAUUCUGGAUAUCCUGAAAAAAUACUUUAAAACAGCCUGGUUGAUCAUGCACAGAGGAGAUGGUGGAGCAAUCUCUUUGUGCUUAACGUUGGGUUUGAAGAGCAACAGCAUGAGGACACAAAAAUAUAUGUGCAUGGUUCAUAUGUACUUACAUUUUGUUGUAGUUUAAUAUAAUUACUGUUUCCCUCUUUUUUUACAUGUUUAUUUUUAAAAUGUAGCUGUUUGAUUCCAAAAUCUUAUAAAAAAUUAAAACCCCUAUCUUAUUUUUCAAACCCCUAUGUUGUCUUCAGAUAUCUAUUUUGUAACUCGAGUCUGAAGAUCGGUCAAUAACCACAAACAGUUUUUCCAAUGGCAUGGUGGCUAUUUACCAGGAAGCCAACCAAACACUAUAGAAAUUAGGAGGUAGAGAGUACUGUACUUACUGCCAUUAAUGGUGGCUCUGUGAUACAAAAAAAAAGUUACAUUUUUUUGUGAUUACAUGUUUUUAUGCUAACAAACCUCACUAACAUAUCUCACACAAUUUUUCUCUCUCUUCAGACAUAUGCACUGUCAGAGGCAGAUAUCUGUUGCACAAUGGUGGAGAUGAGUGAUGCAUGGCAAUGUCUUGAUCUCAUUAAAGAGAUGCUUGCUAUAGAACCAGAGAAGAGGAUUAAUCCCAUAGACCUUCUCAGCCAUCCCUUCAUCACCAUGGCUCAUCUCACACACUUCUCACAAAGUUCAUAG